AUGAGCCUCAACGAGGAGCAGGUGCAGGAGUUCCUGGACCAGAACCCCAGCUUCACGGACCAGUACUUUGGAAAGAAGCUGAGCCCCGAGAAUGUGGCCAGCGCCUGUGAGGACAGGUGCCCAGAGGGCGGUGCCAGCUUCCGAGAGCUGUGCCAGGUGGAAGAGAGCGCGGCCCUCUUCGAGCUGGUGCAGGACAUGCAGGAGAGCGUGAACAUGGAGCGCGUGGUCUUCAAGCUCCUGCGCCGGCUCUGCUCCAUCCUGCAGGCCGACCGCUGCAGCCUCUUCAUGUACCGGCAGCGCAACGGCACGGCCGAGCUCGCCACGCGCCUCUUCAGCGUGCAGCCCGACAGCGUCCUAGAGGACUGCCUGGUGCCUGCGGACUCGGAGAUCGUCUUCCCACUGGACAUCGGGGUCGUGGGCCACGUGGCUCAGACCAAGAAGACGGUGAACGUCGAGGACGUGAGGGAGUGUCCCCACUUCAGCUCCUUUGCUGAUGAACUGACCGACUACGUGACAAGGAAUCUCCUGGCCACACCUGUCAUGAACGGCAAAGAUGUCGUGGCUGUGAUCAUGGCUGUGAACAAGCUCAACGGCCCGUGUUUCACAAGUGAAGACGAAGAUGUUUUCCUGAAGUAUCUGAACUUCGGCACCUUAAACCUGAAGAUCUACCACUUGAACUACCUCCACAACUGCGAGACGCGCCGAGGCCAGGUGCUGCUCUGGUCGGCCAACAAGGUGUUUGAGGAGCUGACAGACAUUGAGAGGCAGUUCCACAAGGCCUUCUACACUGUGCGGGCCUAUCUGAACUGCGACCGGUAUUCGGUAGGCCUUCUGGACAUGACCAAGGAGAAGGAAUUCUUUGAUGUGUGGCCUGUGCUGAUGGGAGAAGCCCAGCCCUACUCGGGCCCACGCACACCUGACGGCCGUGAAAUCCUCUUCUACAAGGUCAUCGACUACAUCCUCCACGGCAAGGAAGACAUCAAAGUCAUCCCCUCACCCCCGGCCGACCACUGGGCCCUUGCCAGUGGCCUUCCAACCUACGUGGCAGAAAGUGGCUUUAUCUGUAACAUUAUGAAUGCCCCAGCCGAUGAAAUGUUCAAAUUUCAGGAUGGGCCUCUGGACGACUCCGGGUGGACCAUCAAGAACGUCCUCUCCAUGCCCAUCGUCAACAAGAAGGAGGAGAUUGUGGGGGUUGCAACGUUUUACAACAGGAAGGAUGGGAAGCCCUUUGAUGAGCAGGACGAAGUCCUGAUGGAGUCUCUCACGCAGUUCCUGGGCUGGUCGGUGCUGAACACCGACACCUACGACAGAAUGAACAAGCUGGAGAACCGCAAGGACAUCGCCCAGGACAUGGUUCUGUACCACGUGAAGUGCGACAAGGAUGAAAUCCAGUCCAUUCUGCCAACAAGAGAGCGCUUUGGGAAGGAGCCUGCCGACUGCGAGGAGGACGAGCUGGGGAAACUCUUGAAGGAAGUGCUGCCAGGGCCCACUAAGUUUGACAUCUAUGAGUUCCACUUCUCCGACCUGGAGUGCACGGAGCUGGAGCUGGUCAAAUGCGGCAUCCAGAUGUACUAUGAGCUGGGCGUGGUUCGAAAGUUCCAGAUCCCGCAGGAGGUCCUUGUGCGGUUCCUGUUCUCCGUGAGCAAGGGGUACAGGAGAAUUACCUACCACAACUGGCGCCAUGGCUUCAACGUGGCUCAGACCAUGUUCACGCUGCUCAUGACAGGCAAACUGAAGAGCUACUACACGGACCUGGAGGCCUUCGCCAUGGUGACUGCCGGCCUGUGCCAUGACAUCGACCACCGGGGCACCAACAACCUGUACCAGAUGAAAUCUCAGAAUCCUUUAGCCAAGCUCCACGGCUCCUCGAUUUUGGAGCGACACCACCUGGAGUUCGGGAAGUUCCUGCUCUCCGAGGAGACGCUGAACAUCUACCAGAACCUGAACCGGCGGCAGCACGAGCACGUGAUCCACCUCAUGGACAUCGCCAUCAUCGCCACGGACCUGGCGCUCUACUUCAAGAAGAGGACAAUGUUCCAGAAGAUUGUGGACGAGUCCAAGAACUACGAGGACAGGAAGAGCUGGGUGGAGUACCUGUCCCUGGAGACGACGCGGAAGGAGAUAGUCAUGGCCAUGAUGAUGACGGCGUGUGACCUGUCUGCCAUCACCAAGCCCUGGGAAGUCCAGAGCAAGGUGGCUCUACUGGUGGCAGCUGAGUUCUGGGAACAAGGGGACUUGGAAAGGACAGUUCUGGAUCAGCAGCCCAUUCCAAUGAUGGACCGGAACAAGGCGGCCGAGCUCCCCAAACUGCAGGUCGGCUUCAUCGACUUUGUGUGCACAUUCGUGUACAAGGAGUUUUCCCGCUUCCACGAGGAGAUCCUGCCCAUGUUCGACCGGCUGCAGAACAACCGGAAGGAGUGGAAGGCCCUGGCGGAUGAGUACGAGGCGAAGGUGAAGGCCCUGGAGGACGAGCAGCAAAAGGAGGAGGCGCAGACGGCGGCCAAGAAAGCUGGCACAGAAGUUUGCAAUGGCGGCCCAGCACCCAAGUCUUCCACCUGCUGCAUCCUGUGAGCUGAUCGACAGUGGGGGCCCCCAGCCCCCUCAUCCCAGUCCCCCACUGGGACUCUGCCUCUAACCAGGUUAGAAAGCCUGAGAAAACGACCGAAGACAGUUUUGGAUAUUCUGAAUUUUUUAAACGUUUUGUGUUUUUAUGAAUUAAAGCCACUACAAAUGAUAUGAACACUGUAGCCUGCCUUAUGCUCAUCCACCUUUUGGACGCACAGUAACACCAAGAGACCUUCAAAAAGGAUCUGUAAACUGUGUCUUAAAGCACUGGGUAAAUCUGCUUACAACUGCACAUGUAUUUAUGUAGAGAGACGGGUACAUAGAUUUCGAUUCACAUCGGGUUUAGAAACAAAUUCACGCACGAAAACUUAGAGUAAAACAUAAAGAAAACAUGCUAUCCCCUUUUAAUGUGGCAGAGGACAUUCAUUUGUGACCCAUCAGAAAAUCCUGCCAGAAAGGUCUAGGCUGAGAAGAGCAGUCGUCGGACUUGAGUGAUCUGUGCAGAAACUAUCUUUAGCAACUGUCCGGAGCUGCUCUGUGCCUGUGGCCUGCCCAGGUCCCCCAGCGGCUCCUUCAUGAAGCAAUCUACUGGUUCCAAGCUGGAAAAAGCAGAGUCUGACCCAAACAGAACACAGGACUCGUGCUGGAAAUGGGUACUAACUACCUGAUGGAAAUUAAGGACUGUUAACUCGUAACAACAGCUCCAAAGGAAAUGUUUCCAGAGUGGAAACUCCCCAGCCAGCACUGCAGGGCCAACCAGCUUGUUUUAGAGUUCAGCGGCUGCUCUCCCAAGGUAGGUGGAGACAGCCCUAUUAACCGUCAACUCACAGGAGUGGCUGAGUUCCUAUCUCAGCACCCAUGACCCAGGUGACAAGGACGGAGGCUACAGCUCAUCCAGGUUCCCAGGGACCCAGUGCUCCAACCUCAGGGCAUACCAGGGCGGGGCAGGGGCACACGCCUUCGGGCACCGGAGUCUUACCUUAACCAGAGCCAGGGCUUUGAAGGACUUGUUUGCCGCCUUUCAUUUUCUCCUCACAUUUGCAGAUGAACUCAUUUUUACUUUUAUGUUGUGGCUGCACCCAUGGCACGUGGAAGUUCCUGGGCCAGAGACCGAAACCACACCACCCACCGCAGCGACCUGGGGCUGCUGCAGUAACAGCGGAUCCCUCGUCUGCUGCACCACAUUUUACAAAUAAAGUCUGCUCCUGGCACUGAGAUAGCAACAGUGACUUUUGACUUUCCAACACCAGGCCUGGGGUUGAAGGGACACAGCCAACAGAGGUGGCACCUACUGUCUGCUCAGCCCCCAGAACGGCUGGCUGCACCCCAGCCUGGGCCUCAGAAGGCCACGCCCCGCUUUGGGAUCAAGGGGAGAGCCGUGGAGGGGAAAGGAGACCCAUGUCCCGACUCUAAGGGCUUCAGGCCGCUUCCAUCCCCACCGUGUGCAAGGCAGCCCCUGCCCAGCACAUCCAAGGGUCUGGGUCAGGGCCAAGGAGAGAAAACCAAGCAGCACCCGCGAUGCCUCAGUGGGCUGUGUCUGUUACAAACUGCAUCCUCUGGGGCUCCCCUUGGAUCCGCAGAGCCAGCAGUGAAGGCU